GCGAGGCGCGCGGAUUGGCGGGAUGCUUGGGGCCCAGGUUGGCGGGAUACGGCUGAGUACGGUGUGGCACUAAUGGUUCUGCACACAACCAGCACCGCCAUGUUUUCCGAGCAGGCUGCGCAGAGGGCUCACACUCUGCUGUCCCCGCCAUCAGCCAACAACGCCACCUUUGCUCGUGUUCCUGUGGCCACUUACACCAACUCCUCUCAGCCCUUCCGACUCGGGGAGCGCACCUUUAACCGGCAGUAUGCCCACAUUUAUGCCACCCGCCUCAUCCAAAUGAGACCCUACCUGGUGAACAGGGCCAAGCAGCACUGGGGCAGUGGAAUCCAGAUAAAGAAACUGUGUGAGCUGCAGCCUGGAGAGAAGUGCUGUGUGGUGGGGACUCUGUUCAAGGCUAUGCCGCUCCAGCCUUCCAUCCUGCGGGAGGUCAGCGAGGAGCACAACCUGCUCCCCCAGCCUCCUCGGAACAAAUACAUUCACCCAGAUGAUGAGCUGGUCUUAGAAGAUGAGUUGCAGCGCAUCAAACUGGAAGGCACCAUUGAUGUGUCAAAGUUGGUCACAGGGACGGUCCUGGCUGUGCUUGGCUCCGUGAGAGAUGAUGGGAAGUUCCUGGUGGAGAACCACUGCUUUGCAGAACUUGCUCCUCAGAAGCCCUCGCCGACCCUUGACUCAGACCGGUUUGUGCUGCUGGUGUCUGGUCUGGGCCUAGGUGGAGGAGGUGGCGAGAGUCUGUUGGGCACUCAGCUGCUGGUGGACAUAGUGACCGGGCAGCUUGGGGAUGAAGGGGAGCAGUGCAGUGCUGCCCGGGUCUCCCGGGUCAUUCUCGCCGGGAACCUGCUUAGCCACAGCACCCAAAGUAGGGACUCUAUCAACAAGGCUAAGUACCUAACCAAGAAAACCCAGGCAGCCAGUGUGGAAGCUGUCAAGAUGCUGGACGAGAUCCUUCUGCAACUGAGUGCCUCGGUGCCUGUGGACGUGAUGCCAGGCGAAUUUGACCCAACCAACUACACGCUCCCCCAGCAACCACUGCACCCCUGCAUGUUCCCACUGGCCACGGCCUACUCCACGCUCCAGCUGGUCACCAACCCCUACCAGGCCACCAUUGAUGGAGUCAGAUUUUUGGGGACAUCAGGACAGAACGUGAGUGACAUUUUCCGGUAUAGCAGCAUGGAGGACCACUUGGAGAUUCUGGAGUGGACUCUACGAGUCCGUCACAUUAGCCCCACAGCCCCGGACACCCUGGGUUGUUACCCCUUCUACAAAAUGGACCCAUUUGUCUUUCCGGAGUGUCCUCAUGUCUACUUCUGUGGCAACACCCCCAGAUUUGGCUCCAAAAUCAUCCAAGGUCCUGAGGAGCAGACUGUGCUGCUGGUGGCUGUGCCAGACUUCAGUGCCACCCAGACUGCCUGCCUCGUGAACCUGCGCAGCCUGACCUGCCAGCCCAUCAGCUUCUCAGGCUUCGGGGCAGAGGAGGACCUGGAUCUGGACCCCUGACUCAACGGCUGGCUGCCCUGGACAGAGGCCCGGCUUUUCUCCUUCCCUGUGUCAGCACUGUGGAAGCUUUUGUUUUGUAAAU